CCGAGCUCAUUCUUUUUCGAUUGUGCCCUCCGUACGGUUCGGAAGCUCCGCGGCCAAGACUCGCUUUGUACCCUAGGACCUGCUCUGUCAGUGUGUGAUUUAACAAAAAAAACCAACCCAGAUCAAAAAUGUCGGGCAAGAAGGCUGAUCCCUACGGUUUCGCCAAGGAUUUCCUGGCCGGUGGUAUCUCCGCCGCCGUGUCCAAGACCGCCGUCGCCCCGAUCGAGCGCGUCAAGCUGCUGCUCCAGGUCCAGGCCGACUCGCAGCAGAUCGCCGCUGACAAGCAGUACAAAGGUAUCGUCGAUUGCUUCGUUCGUAUCCCGAAGGAGCAGGGCUUCGGAGCGUUCUGGAGAGGUAACCUCGCCAACGUCAUCCGGUACUUCCCGACCCAGGCGCUCAACUUCGCCUUCAAGGAUGUGUACAAACAGGUCUUCUUGGGCGGCGUCGACAAGAACACCCAGUUCUGGCGUUACUUCCUGGGUAACCUCGGAUCCGGUGGUGCGGCCGGUGCCACCUCGCUGUGCUUCGUCUACCCGCUGGACUUUGCCCGUACCCGUCUGGGCGCUGACGUAGGCCGCGCCGGCCAGGAGCGCCAGUACAACGGUCUCGUCGACUGCCUGAAGAAGACCGUCAAGUCCGACGGUUUGGUCGGUCUGUACCGUGGCUUCAACGUGUCCGUGCAGGGUAUCAUCAUCUACCGUGCGGCGUACUUCGGCUGCUUCGACACCGCCAAGGGAAUGCUGCCCGACCCGAAGAACACCUCGAUCUUCGUCUCGUGGGGUAUUGCACAGGUUGUGACGACGCUGUCCGGUGUCAUCUCGUAUCCGUUCGACACCGUCCGACGACGCAUGAUGAUGCAGUCGGGACGUGCCAAGGCCGACAUCAUGUACAAGAACACGCUGGACUGCUGGGUCAAGAUCAGCAAGCAGGAGGGCACCAAGGCCUUCUUCAAGGGCGCCUUCUCCAACGUUCUGCGUGGUACCGGUGGUGCUCUUGUGCUCGUGUUCUACGAUGAGCUGAAGGCUCUGAUGGGUUAGAUUUAAGUGUUUUAGCGAAGCAAACAACAAGCAACUAUUAGCAAACCACAACAACAAUACCAGCAAGCGCUAAGGUUGAAAAGAGUAUGACCGUUACAUCAAUUUAAGUCGAAACAAAGGAAUCAGUACAGUAAAAAAAACUAAAAAAAAACCCAAAACAAAACCAACAGCUAUUUAUUUAAUGUUAGAAAGAAAUUCUCACACACCCACACACACGCACUCUUAAUCGUGUUAGGACGUCGACAAAGAAGUUACACACUGCAAUGAUAUUAGAUUGAGUGCGCCCGCAGCAGCACCACCAGCGAGGAGAGCACCUUAAACACAGUUGAGAACAACUAAUUGUAUAGGAGACCAGAACGACCAUUGAAGCCUGGAUAUGUUUUAACUUUCUUAACGCAGCAGUAGCAUUAUGUUAUCACAAUGCAAAAUGUUUCCCG